AAAAGUGCCGUAUUUCGGUGGCAUUCAUUCAAGGGUGCAGCGACAACAUGCAGCCGCAGCGGUCGCAAGUGUUGGGACUCUACCGCGAUAUCCUUCGUCUGCAUCGACGAAAGCUAGAGCCUGUCAUGCGUGUGCUAGGGGAUCGGUAUGUCCGCGACGAGUUCAAGCUGCACAAGUCCGCCAAGCCUGAGUUCGUCCACGGGUUCCUCACGGAAUGGCAAAACUACCGAACCAUGUUGCAAGAACGGCAGACGCAUUUUGGACAAGAUCUCAGCGCCGACACGCGCAAGCUGCUGGACGAUCAGCAAAAGAAGAAGCUUCUGGACUUGCAUGCCGCCGCCACCAAGCCCACCGACAAGAACAACACAUGAGAUGCAACCUCGUAACGUUACAUCGAUUCAUUCUAAUCACA